AUGAUGGGACGAUCUGGGCGGUUAAGGCACAACUAUGGCAACGUGAAGGCAACAUCAACACUUGACAACACCACAAUAGGAUGGCCUUUGAUAUCGGCCUCGGCAUCGACCACACCCGAGUAA